UUCUCCCGCCUCCUCGCCGCCCGCCUCCCUCCUCCCGCCGCCAUCACCAUAAUCCUCACCGACGAAUGGCUUUCCCUCAUCGGCGGACCCGCCGCCCCGCCGCCGGGAGUUCGCUUUCGCACGCUUCCGAACGUCAUCCCUUCCGAAAACGGCCGCGCGGCGGACUUCGUGAAGUUUCUGGAAGCCGUUUAUACGAAGCUGGAAGAGCCCUUCGAAAGGCUGUUGGAUGAGUUGGAGAUGCCGGCGACGGCGGUCAUCGCGGAUACGUACUUGCCGUGGGCGGUGGAUGUUGGGAGGAGGAGAGGGAUUCCGGUCUGCUCCUUGUAUACUAUGUCGGCCAGCUUCUUCUCUGCGCUUUUAAACUAUGAUCGGCUUCCGGGAGAGGAAGGUACG